UAUAAAGUUAUAUCUUCCUCUCCUUCGUCACGAUGUUUCCUUUCACUAGACUUUCUUCAGUCGCUCACUAUCGUUCAAGUCUUUUCUUCCUCUCGUAUCUUCACUCGAAGACUUCUACUCUCAUUUCAGUCUUGAGAAGCUUCCUUGUUUCAACAUGUACAAAUCAUCCUUAGUUCUCGCUGUAUUCUUGAACCUGGUCGCAAGCAAGGUUCUUUGGGACGGAAGGUUCAAUAAUGUUACGUUGGUGACUGAUCUCGAGUUGCCCGACUCUCCUUAUGAAUAUAUUAGUGUAAGUUUCUUUCUAUUUUGAAUCUUAAAAUGUGAACUAAUCGUCAACAGCACGGGUGGAGAAGCAUUGAAUCUUAUAUCGACCUUGAUCCAAUCUUCAAGAACCAAGCCGAUCAAAAAAGCGCCAGAGGUGUACGGUUCACAUUAGAUCUGUUCUCAUUUUACGCGAAUGACUCAAUAACUUCAAAGGAAGAGCGAAGGACCGAUCUGGUUCCUCAGAACCAUGUCCCGAUCGCUAUAGGUGGUGAGGUUGGUAAGGUAUUCUACCACUUCAGCUUGGCGCGUGAGAGAGAACGAGCACCAGCAAUAGAAAGGACAACUCAAAUGGCUUUUUUCGAAUCUCACUUUACAGAGAUGACAUAUGGGUACAAGGAGGGGGCUGAAGAUAGCGCUGCUUCAUUGUUGAGAUGGGACGUAGAAGGUACUACCAUGUGGGACACGACCUUCGAGGCCAGGGAGUGGCACAAUAUUGCAUAUGAAGUAGACUACGACGAGGGGACAGUAGGAUUUUGGCAUUCGACUGGAGCCGAUGACCUGGUUCUGAGAGUCAAACCUGUCCUGGUGAACAAGGGUGUUAUUCCUACUCGACGAAAUUGGCACCUGGGUUUGCGCGAGCUCACCCGCGAGAACUACAACGUGUAUAAUACGACGAUGGUCUACUAUAGCGGAAUUUAUAUCGAGAAUGGGACGCUGACUACGACGGUUUCCGGGCCUGGCGAAAUUAUCAAACCUGACCCAGCAGCUACCUCCACUGAUUAUGCUACGUUCACUAACUCUCCCACUCCCCGUCCUACUACUACGAGCACCUCAAAGUCGGCACCACCACCAGCACAUGCCACUCCUACUCCAACCCCCAUUUCAUGAAAGAGGGGGAUCGAGAAGAGGUCCAAGUAUCCAAUUUUCGAGUUUCGGGGUGAUGGCGAGUACCGAUGCGGGUACAUGUUCUCCUGGAGAUCAUUAGCAGUCGCGAUUUUACGGAUUUUACGAGUUAUGAUUAGGU